UCAUUCCACACGGACUCCGUGCAUGUCAGUCGGUGCCGUAUAAAAGGCGGCAGCUGCCUUGUCAGAGACACAUUUCAGCAGCAGCAACAGCAGCGGCCACAGACCACCAUGAACACCCUGAUCGUCCUGAGCGCCGUCCUGGCAGUAGUAGUGGCCACCCCCGGCUACCUGGGAGCCGCCCCCGCUGCAGUAGUAGCGCCGGCCGCCUACGCCGCCCCCGCAGUGGUCGCCGCCCCCGUCCACCCUGGAUACGCCGCCUACGGCCCUGCCCCCAUCGCCGUCCGCUCUGACGGCUACCUGCUGGACACCCCUGACGUGGCUGUGAACAAAGCCGCCCACCUGACCGCCGUCGCCCAGACGAGGGCCCGCGACGCCAUCAUCAACGGCGCCGCUGUGCUGGCCGCUCCCGCCGUCGCCGCCCCCGUGGCUUACGCCGCCCCCGGAACCCUCGCGGCCGCCGCCCACCUUCACGCCAAGGCUGCUCUGCUGGGCUGAGAUGUCUGUCUGCUACAGUUUCCAUCGGUUUCAUGACAUGGCGAUACUUGUGCAUUUUUUCAUUUAAAUAAACCAUCCUUCAAUGUGUAUAAAA